UUAUCUGAACUCUGCUGUAUGGCCAUAAAGAGUAAAUGACUUAGUGCUACUCAAGAGCAGAUCAGCAUACCUACAGGUCAGGGUGUUAAUAAAAGGACCAGAGUGUCACACCAAAGCUGACAAAGGACAAGUGCAUGUGAGGAGAUACUGUGUCUUGGAAAUGUAGCCAAGUGGAGAUGUUCUCUGUACCUGUAUAACCCAGUAGGUCUGCUCCCCUUUCAUCUGCAACUUGCUGAUCCGCUGUACUGAGGCCUCAAACAAAGUGCUUUCUUUGUCAGGUCUCCAUUCUAUGGCCAAGACAUCAUGGGUGUUGUCCAUUCUGUUUCUGCUGGUGUUUCGGACUCCAUGGAUCACCUGCGUACCUACCCAGCACCUCUGUGGCUCCCACUUGGUGGAUGCACUGUAUUUCGUAUGUGGAGAGAGGGGCUUUUUCCACAGUACGAAACGACUUCACAAGAGGGAUCUGGAAAACUUGCUCAGGUUCCUGUCUAAAAGGGCCAGACAAGAACAGCAGCUGUGGAGGAGGUUUUCUGGAGGCGAUGAUUCCAAGGUGAAGAGAGGCAUCGUGGAGCAGUGCUGUCAUAAGCCAUGCAGCAUUUACCACCUGGAAGGCUACUGCGACUGACUCGCUAACUAUACAUCCAGAUCCACCUGUGAAAAAAGGUCUUGAAGUGUAUGUUUGGUGAUGUACUGGCUGUGUUUGAACAACAGGGAAUAAAGCUUCAUGGCCCAUAACCAAAGGCUCCUCUCAAAAAAUGUGACUCGGUUAGGAUAUUAUGUUGCUGAAACAUAGGUUUCGAUCGUCAUUUCCAUCUAUAACUGCAAUCCUACAGUGCUCUCUGCUGGCUAGCAACAGUAACGGCCAGUGGGAUUUAAAAAUUAAUUCAGCCACACCUC